GGCGAGAGUACGGUAGUGGAGAGUUGUGGGAGGAGGAAGGCUGAGAGUAGACAGGAGCGAGAGCUGGAGUGUAAAACAAUAAUAAUAACUAGCAGACAAGGAAGGAAAAUAAAUUUUAACCAUGGCGUCGGGGGAUACCCUGUACAUAGAAACGGACGGAUCGGAAAUGCCUGCCGAAAUAGUGGAACUCCACGAGAUAGAAGUGGAGACCAUCGAGACUACGGUGGUGGGAGAGGACGGGGAGCACCAGCCCAUGAUCGCCCUGCAGCCGCUGGACGACCCGCACCACCUGCACCCGCAGGAGGUGAUCCUGGUGCAGACCCGGGAGGAGGUGGUGGGCGAGGACGACUCCGAGCUGCAUGCGGAUGACGGCUUCGAGGACCAGAUCCUCAUCCCGGUGCCCGCCGUGGAGGAGGACUACAUCGAGCAGACUCUGGUCGCCGUGGCGGGGAAAAGCUCGUCUGCAGGCCGGAUGAAGAAGAGUGGAAGCGGGAAGAAAUCCGGCAAAAAGAGCUACCUAAGCGGAGGGGAAAUGGGCCGAAAAUGGGAGCAGAAACAGGUCCAGAUCAAGACUUUGGAGGGGGAGUUUUCGGUGACUAUGUGGGCAUCUGAUGACAAGAAAGACAUAGACCACGAGGAGCAGAUCACAGGAGAAAACUCUCCCCCAGACUAUUCUGAAUAUAUGACUGGAAAGAAGCUGCCUCCUGGAGGCAUCCCAGGCAUCGACCUCUCCGAUCCCAAGCAGCUGGCAGAGUUUGCACGAAUGAAACCAAGAAAAAUAAAGGAGGAUGAUGCUCCAAGAACGAUAGCCUGUCCACAUAAAGGCUGUACAAAGAUGUUCAGGGACAACUCGGCGAUGAGGAAACACUUGCAUACCCACGGCCCUCGUGUACAUGUCUGUGCAGAGUGUGGCAAAGCUUUUGUGGAAAGUUCAAAACUGAAGAGGCAUCAACUCGUACACACAGGAGAGAAACCUUUCCAAUGCACGUUCGAAGGCUGCGGCAAACGGUUCUCUCUGGACUUUAACUUGCGCACACAUGUGCGUAUUCACACUGGAGACCGCCCGUACGUGUGUCCCUUUGACGGCUGCAACAAAAAAUUUGCUCAGUCAACCAACUUGAAAUCUCACAUCCUCACACACGCCAAAGCAAAAAACAACCAGUGAGUCACCCAUGAAUAAACCGAGCUAGGAACGACGACUGGGGGGUUUACCCCCACCUCCGCUCCUCCACAGAGACUUAUGUUCCAUGGCCUGCUUUGUUGUGAGACAAGUCCCUUUGUAUUCCUGCAACAUGAAAUCCAGAAAGAUAAGAUUUUUGUGAACUUUUUAUAAUGCACAUGGAGGUUUGAACAAGGAGCUUGUGACAACCCCCACCCCCUCUUGGCCUGGCCUCCCACACUUGACUCUGGAUGGAACAUUCAGUGCUUUCUUCUCUAGAAAGAUGUUCAAUCAUGGAUCCACACCUAAGAAAAAUACAUACUUUCGUGUAACUGAUUUAAACAUGGUUUUUUGCAAUAUCCCUCAAAUUUCAAUUGAUCAUCUACAAUAACUUUUUCAAUUUUGUACUUUUCUCCCUAGUGUGCAUAUUGUACACUGUUUGAAAUAAGCUUUGUGAUAAUAUACGUACUAAAGUUGUCCUCAUAGGUCUUCCCGGAAGAGGUUACAGUCUGUUUAUUCCCCUCUUUCUCCUUCAUAGGACUAUUAUGAGGAAAAAGGAGAUUGGGUGAUCCUUGCAUAUUUUUCAUUUUCUACAAUGCAAUAUCAAUAUCCUGUGAUAAUAGCCAUGUGAUUUCCAAUAGUGAUAAAUGAUUAAAAUGGUCUUCUCCGUUGCA